GGCUCGAAAAUGACCCAAACGCCAGUGUAUUGGACGUUAUGUAUCUACUCACCGUCUUCUCUGCCUUUGGUAUAUGGCUGGUUUUCGACCGAUAUCAGAAAACGCACAAUAAUGCGAUUCCCUUCAAGUUCGAUGGUCCACAAGCUGCAGCCCCCGAAUGGGAGUCGAUCGUCAUUCGGGAAGCAAACCUCAGGUCACACUUAACAAAUCCGGACCUUCGAAUGCACGAUAUAUCCAGAGAUUAUAUCACAAGUUUUGAUCCAGCCAACUCACUACACCUUGGAACUUUUCUCGCGGACAACAAAAGGGAGAUUGAAGCAAAAAUCAAUCUAGCUGCCCAGGCGCAAGUUGAGUGGCGCGACACUACGUUCUCGCGGCGGCGUAGGGUGAUGAGAAGCUUGCUGAAAUGGUUGGUGGACAACCAAGAUGUCUGUGCUAGAGUUGCUUGUCGUGAUACGGGCAAGACGAUGAUUGACGCUGCACUCGGAGAAAUCUUGACAACGUGUUCUAAAUUGGAAUGGCUGAUUAACCACGGAGAGAAAGCUUUACGAACGGAGACAAGAUCUUCAAACAUGAUACUCAGUUAUAAGAAAUCCCAACUAGUCUACGAACCGAAGGGUGUUGUAGCAGCUAUUGUUUCGUGGAAUUACCCGCUUCACAAUGCUUGGUCACCCAUCAUUGCCUCGAUUUUCGCUGGAAAUGCCGUUGUGCUCAAAUGUUCUGAGCAUGUAAUUUGGUCAACGACAUGGUUUGUUGGAGCCAUCCAGGAAUGUCUUCGUGCAUGUGGAUAUAAACACGCAGUGCUUGAGCUAGUCCAGGUGGUCUGCUGUUGGCCCGACCAAGCUGAAACACUGACGAAGUCGCCCAUGAUCAAACAUAUCACGUUUAUUGGCUCUGAGGAAGUUGGUCGUAAGGUAGCUAUUGCUGCGACUGAACAUCUCACACCCGUAACGCUUGAGUUGGGUGGCAAAGAUCCUGCUAUUAUCCUUCCUGACACCGAUCUCAAGAAAUGGGCAAGUAUCUGGUUACGUGGAGUUUUCCAAAACGCUGGUCAAAAUUGUAUAGGCAUUGAGCGGCUCAUUGUACACUCGUCGCAGUACGAUGACCUAUAUGCCAUGCUUGAGGACCGGGUCUCCAAGUUACGCCUCGGGUCCGUGUUAGCACCCUCAAGGGAGGGUUUUAUAGGCACUGUUGAUUGCGGUUCUAUGAUCUCUAAUGACCGCUUUGAUGAGUUGGAAGAACUACUUUUCAAGGCACAGAAUGAGGGAGCGCAGAUGUCAGUCGGAGGAAAACGCUACCUGCAUUCUCACCAUCGUGGUGAUACCUACUUCUCUGCCACGGUGAUAGGAGAUGUAACCCCUGAGAUGGAAAUUGCCCAAAGAGAAUUGUUUGCACCUAUUGCGGUGUUGAUGCGAUACGAAACGAUCGACGAGGCUAUAGACAUCGCUAAUGGGACUAGGUAUGGCCUAGGUGCAAGCGUGUUCGGUCCUCAUCAAGAUCAAUGCCUGGAAGUUGCAAGAGAACUGGAGUGUGGCAUGGUAUCGAUCAACGAUUUUGGAGUUUUCUACGUGAAUCUGCCUUUUGGUGGAACAAAGGCCAGUGGCUAUGGACGAUUCGGUGGACCUGAGGGUCUCCGUGCACUAACAAAUCCCAAGGCAAUUAUGACUGAUCGGUGGCCUACAUUCGUCCAGACGGGCAUACCAAAAGUUCUCGAUUACCCUGUUCGAUCGCUGGUACGAAGCUGGGACUUUGUCAGUGGUCUCGUCAUCCUCUUGUAUGCCGACACCUGGCGCGCACGUUUCGACGGCUUGGUUCAGCUCUUUAAAGCUUCUCGAUGAUAUGUGACACAUCGGAGGAAACUGCUAUUCUGCUUCUAUAAACAACUAAGGAACUCACUGAUCAGUGGAACUUGACAUAGGAGAUCCGUCAUAAUAUACCAUACACAUUUAGUCACGUCACUACUGUUCUCCAAUAGACAUCGUAGGCUUAGGCCUGUGCAUGGCUAACUACAUACAGAUACCCUGAAUAAAAAUU